UCACCAGGUAUCGAUAUUUAUAUUUAAACAACUAAAUAUUUUGCUUAUUUUAUCGAUCACUACUGGGAGUAAUUGUUUGGGUAAAUUGCUGUUAUGGAAAGGGAAAAUAAUUUCUGUGAAGAAAAUGGCGAGCCAAUGGCGAAAAAAAUUAAAACAGAAUGGGUUAAAAGUUAUUCUGAUAAGGCCCUGCUUAUGAUGACUAGGAUGGGUUAUGAGAAAAACAAAGGCCUCGGGAAGCAGAAUCAGGGUCGUCUUGAACCCAUUAUAGCAGUUCAACAGGACGGCAGAAAGGGAUUGGGUCUAAAAGAUGAAUGUCAAGUAUCUUUAGAAUCUUGGGACAACACUACUGAGAUAAUAAACCUCCCAGAAAAUUAUUCAUGGAUUACAAAUAAUGCGUCGCUCGAAAUCACAUUGGAUGAAUUAAAAGAUAAUAUAACCUUAGGUCCUCCUAAACGUACGAUUGAUGACGAAUGUUUAUACUGUAAUUCAGACAUUUUAAAUAAUGUAUUGAAAGCAAAAUCUGAGUUUGACAAAUUAAAUGACAGCGAAUUAAGAAGAGCGCGAUCACGGUCUAAUCCAUUUGAAACUAUACGUAGCUCCAUAUUUUUAAAUAGAGCUGCUGUUAAAAUGGCGAAUAUUGAUUCUAUGUGCGAUUAUAUGUUCACAAAUCCGAGAUAUAAGGACGGAUCAUCAAUGCUGCAAAACAACGAACUUCUAUAUUUUGCCGAUAUAUGUGCUGCGGCAAAAGACAGUGCAGACCGUGUUUCAAGAGGAGGGAAAACAGCACAAUAUUAUCGUGAAUACCGAGCACGAAAGAAAGCAGAGCGGGAAAAGGAGGAAUUGGAAAUGAUAGCUGGCGGUCAAUCGAGGAAGAGGAAUACAGGUACGGAAGAUCAGAGAGAGUACCGAGCACGUAAAAAAAGAAAUGUGAAGGUACAUUCAGUGAUUCAACGUCUGCUGUUCCAUCCAACCCAAUUCGAAGAGUACAAAAGAGAGAUAGUUACGCUGCAUAUUCCCUUCCACUACGAGACAGAACUACUUUCCGAGUCAAAAUUCCUUCAAAUUUAUGCAGACAAUGAGAAUAUUAUUCUAGAGCGUCGCAAGGAAUUCGAGUCAAACAUCAACAUUGAAGAAACUAUGAGAUUAUGCGAACAGUUGUAUCGUGAGAAAGAAUUAUGCAAGAAGACAGUAAAGAUGUUAUGGGAGCGGUUACUCAGCCAAUUCCAUUCGAUGAAAUGUACGCAGACUCUAAUUCAAACAUCAACGAUGAUCUUCGCUUAGCAACCGUGAACAGACUCAAAGCAAUUGCGAAGCGAAGAGAAAAUUUAAUGCCGAAUGCAUAAUUUUGUGAAUUUAUGCGAACAACAAUCCUUCAUCGAAACAACUUCAACCAUUGUUAGUAUUUCUGACAGGUCCCUAUGGACCUGGGAAAAAAUUUGAUGAAGUUAGUAUGGUUCGAGCAGAGCUUCUGGAAAGAGUCGACAGGACAUUGAAAAUUAUAACAGGUAAUUCAGAUGCACCUUUCGGGGACUGGACAUGAUACUAUUUGGGGAUUUGGCUACACCAAUUUUCAAACAAUCGAAACAUAUUGGAUCGCAAACUUGGCGUUCAGUCAAACUGCAUGAACUCACACUAGUCAUGCGUCAAGCAAAUGUGGUUUUCUCGACCAUUCUAACGAAAAUCAGAAAUGGGGAUGGGUUGAAUGAUGAAGAACUUGCGUUAGUAGAAUCAAAAUUUGUGACAGAAGAAGAAGCCAAUCAAUAUAUGUCCUCACGGGAUUCGACUGGCAUAUUCUAAUGCCACGGUCGACAAAUAUAAUCAAUUCAUUUUGGCAAAUCAUCCAGAUCGGAUCACAUCCGCCGCUGUAGACUUCAUCUCAGGUGAAAAUUAUGAACAAUUACAGAGCGCUCGUAAUGCCGUUGAGAAGAAACACUACCAGCUGCUACAACGUUUAACACAUAAUCACAUCGUAACAGCCAACAUCGCAGGUGCUGAUCACGUAGAAAGAAACGACAACGGAGAAGUCACUCGAGUAUGGCUAGUAUUUCCAAAUUGUGGUAAUACUGGAGUAAAACCUCGUAUGACAGCACGAUCAUUCAUGCUAGCAAAAAUAUCAAUCAUUUGGCCGUGCCAAUUGCCCAACGAAACGCAACAAUAUAUCUUAAUAGACAGAGGAGUAUAUUAGCUAAGAGAAACCACUUUCCACUCGCACCAGCUUGUGGAUUGACAAUUCACAAGUCACAAGGAGGAACUUUCAAUGAAAUUGUUUACUAUUAUGAAAAGGUUCAAUCUCAACAGUUAUUAGUUAGUUUAUGUCGCAUUGUCAAGAGCUGUUGACAUUGAGGGAGUUUACAUUAUCUCAGUGAACAAACAGAAAAAAUUUUAUCAUGGCAUUGGAAGCAACGACAGGACAUGUCGCGCUCUCCGAGAUGAAAUGAUAAAAUUAGUCAAAAUCCGAUUAUCACCUUAGAAAAAGAAUUAUUCGAGUUUCUUAGCGCAAGAAAAUGUUCAUCAAUAGUAUCAUUCUAUUGUCAAAGUCUUCGCGCUCAUGUUGAUGAUUUCUCACAUAGAGUGUUUAAACAGUCAAACAUCUUGAUGUUAUCAGAAACAUUUAUGAACGACAACGAGACUCCUGCAUCCACACCAAAUUUUGAUUUCGUUGUAAGAUUUCGACGAAAUUAAACAAGAAAUUCAGGCGUUGGUAUUUAUCACAAUGAGCAAGAUAAAUGUCAUAUUAUCACUCAUCAUUUAGAUAUAAAGGCUCCGUACACGAGUGAUGCUGAUGUGAAAAUAUUAACAUCAACAAGAAUUGGCGAUUUGUGUGCGGUAGAAUGCAAAAUAUACCCUAGCGAUAAUCAUAAUAGUAAAAAAAUUUGAUUUAAUUGCCUUUUACCACCAAAUUCAUCGAUUAGAGAUAUUAAAUUGUUCAUCGGUAAAUCUUUAUUACCGCUGUCAACUGCAGGGUUGCAAGCUCUUGCAGAUAUUAUCGGAGAACCAGUAGAGUGUAGCGUACUCCUUGCGGGACAUUUCAAUGUAAAUUUCUCAUUGCCAAAAGCUGAACCAUUACUGGCAUUUCUUAGAGAGAAAUUUUCAUUAGAAAUAAUCAAUGGAAGAACUAUUGAUGAGGUAUUCGCGAGAAAUACAGAUAAAAUAGAUGUAAGACAUUUUAUAUGGUAUUUUAGUUAUCAUAAUUCAAUUGUAAAUAUUAUAGAUAUCAAUCCGUCAGAACCCAGAGAUGAUAAUUGAUUUGGACUUUGCUUUAUAAUAAAUUUAUAAAAUGUGAAUUUAAGAAAAUGUAGGUCACUCCACCAUAUUUUUAUCCUUUCCCUCUCUCUAGUUUUCUUUCAUACAAAAUGAUAUGCAUUUCUUGGAAUAUAAAUAAGACUCCACGCACCAGUUUUUUUUUUUUAAUUGUGUUUAUGUACGAAAAUUGUUGGGAGCAGUAAAAUAGUAUUAAAUUUUUUUUUAAUGCUGAAGUAUUUUUGCAAGUUUCGUCUAUACGAGAUGUUAGUACUUGGUAGCAUGGCCAUGAUUUUUGAUAACAGCAAUACAACGCAUCCUCAUGGAAUCUACGAGACUCUGGCAUCCAUUAAGUGGUAUGCUCUACCAUUCGCGUAAAAAAAGGAAUUUGCGCUGCAAAAAUAACCGCGUUAAAGUGAAAUAGCGUAAAAAGAGAUAGCGUAAAAAAGGACUGAGUGUAUAUAAAAUUGCUUGGAUUUCGAUCCUCAUGUUGACGUUUUACACCUUGCGCUAUUUCACUGGUUUUGAUUCUUGUAAGUGGCAAGAGUAAGGUUGCAUCCGAACUUAGCCCUUCCUUACUUGUUUUUUGAAAUAUUUUUCUCAACCAUUCUGCAAAAUUCUUUUUUAGAGCGAUUGAGAAAUUAUGUGCUAAUGCCUUUAGUUGUUUAUAUUUUGUUUGCCCACAGCAUCAAUGGUUUCCGGAACAGAAACUGAUUUUGGGCGAUCUCUACGAAAUUCGUCUCAGAGUGAUCAACGACCUCGAUUGGAUUCAUCAUAUCAUCGAUGAACACUGGCUUCAUAGCUUCAUAGCUAAAAUUGCUGAAUUAGGUUCAUCGAUGCACUGUUUCUGCUAUAAAAAAAAUCUCUCGAAAUGUUCCCGCUAAAUUUGUGGCCAGUGGGAUUAUUUUAAAUAACAAAAAUAGCGCUCAUAUGUAAGAACGUUCUGAAUUUUUAUACUAACAAAAAUGUCACAGUUUACAAAUUUGUUCAAAGAUAUACCAAAUAUCACGGUGCCAUUUUGACACACUAUGCGUAGAACCUCCUGUAUCUGCUUUUACGUUUCACCUUCUCUCUCAAACCAUUUUGAGGUUCGAUGAAACUACUUGUGUCCGAUAUGCAUUCGAGAUUUGGUGCUCAUGGAUUCCAAGUGUUUUGUGUCGGAUCUGUGUUAGAGAUGGGCGUUUACAGAGAAAGUGGAAAAUUGUUUCCUUGUUCCCUGCUACUCCGCAGCCUCGGCAGAUGUCGUUGUAGGGCAUACCCAUUUUUGACGCAUGUUCCCCAAAUGGCCAGUGCCCUUGUUACUCUGUAGAUACCUUUUCUUGACAUUUUUAAUAAGUUGUUGGUUCUUUUCCUGUCGUAUGUAUAGUUGCUUUAUGUAUGUAUAUUCUCGUGGUUUUCUAAUAGAGCUCCGUAGGCUUGUCCUAUGAAUAGUACUGCUGCUUGGAAGAUGCUAGCCGAGUUCGGUAGACGUAUAGAGAGAGAUAUGCCUAGAUCAGCGGAGAAUACCCCAGUGCCUACUCCGCAGUCCAUUUUUGACCCGUCGACUGAGAUGGUAUCCUCCUCUCCUAUUGAACCUGUUAUCCAUUCUCGUCUAGAUGGUAUUCUCACCUGGAAAUGUCUAUUGAAAUCCAGCUUUGGGAGAAUGUAGUCUGAUUUGUUAAUGGCGAGCUUGUUUAGGAUUACACUAUGUCCGUGGUUCUACUGAUUCCAACCGCCCAAUUCUUUUAUUAUCGCUGCAAGAGCUGCUGUUUUGUGAAUAAAAAUGUCGAUGGGUACAUGAUGCAGGACCACAUUGAGCGCGUCAGUCGGGCAUGACUUGAUUGCACCAGUAACACCCGCACAUGUUGCUCUUUGUAUUCCAUUUAAUUUUGUUUGUUUAGCGCUGGCCACCAUACCAGAGCUCUAU